AUUCGGCGCCCACUGUGCCGACCCGGAAACGGAGUUUGCCUUGCUCCUCUCGCUCUCGCCGCCGAUGCGUACAGGACUACAGGUACAAGGGCGACUGGCCGCAACAACCCACCCGGAUGGACAGGAAUCUUGACGUUUACAUCUGGUCAACUUCACACUACUGAAAAGCUGGUGUUAAUUAGACACCGGGAGUACAGUACUGACGGCUAUAGAGGCCAGCCACACCACUCGGAGUUCGCUUCAAUUCACCACUGUUUUGUUUGCACUGAGCAGCCAUGCUGCUUCCCAACCAAACCAUGCCGUUCCUUCUCCUGCUCCUCUUCCUCGGCCUCAGCGGCCUCCUCCGCCCCGCGGCGUCAGCGGACGAGCAGUUCGUCUUCAAUGGGUUCACCGGCGCCAACCUCUCCAUGGACGGCAUGGCCAGAGUGACCCCAAACGGGCUCCUCCAGCUGACCAACGCCACCAGCCAGCUCAAGGGACACGCCUUCUUCCCCACGCCGCUCCAGUUCCACAGGGCGCCCAACAGCACGGCCAUGCAGUCCUUCUCCACGGCCUUCGUCAUCGGCAUCAUCGGCGCGUACGAGGACCUGAGCAGCCACGGCAUGGCCUUCAUAAUCGCCAAGAGCAGGAACCUCACCUCGGCGCUCCCGGGCCAGUUCCUGGGCCUCGUCGGCUCCGCCAACAACGGCAACGCCACCAACCACCUCUUCGCGGUGGAGUUCGACACCAUCCUCAACUCGGAGUUCAACGACAUGAGCGGCAACCACGUCGGCAUCGACGUCAACGGGCUCAACUCCGUGGACGCCGACAACGCCGGGUACUACGACGACGGCACCGGCGCGUUCAAGAACAUGAGCCUUGUGAACCGCAAGCCGAUGCAGGUGUGGGUGGACUUCGACGGGCAGGCCAUGCAGGUGAAUGUCACCAUGGCGCCCCUGGAGGUGGUGGCCCGGCCCAAGAAGCCCCUGCUCUCCACCACCGUCAACCUCUCCUCCGUCAUCGACGACACCGCCUACGUCGGGUUCUCGUCGUCCAGCGGCAUCCUCUUCUGCCGCCACUACGUCCUCGGCUGGAGCUUGAAGAUGAACGGCGCGGCCCCGGCGCUCAACAUCUCCUCGCUGCCCUCUAUGCCGGUCACGACCCCGAAGCCGCGGUCCAGGACUCUGGAGAUCGUGCUGCCGAUAGCGUCCGCGGUUCUCGUGUUUGUGGUGGCGGCCGUCGUUUUCGUGGUCAUGCGGAGGCGGCGGAUGUUCGCGGAGCUCAAGGAAGACUGGGAGGUUGCGUUCGGGCCGCACAGGUUCGCGUACAAGGACCUCUUCCACGCCACCGACGGGUUCAGCGACAGCCGGCUGCUCGGCAUCGGCGGGUUCGGGAGAGUGUACCGCGGCCUGCUGCCGUCGUCCAAGGCGGAGAUCGCGGUGAAGAAGGUGUCGCACGGGUCGAGGCAGGGGAUGAAGGAGUUCGUGGCCGAGGUGGUCAGCAUCGGCCGGCUCCGGCACCGCAACCUCGUGCAGCUGCUCGGCUACUGCCGGCGCAAGGGCGAGCUCCUCCUAGUCUACGACUACAUGCCCAACGGCAGCCUCGACAAGCAUCUCUACGACCAGCAGAAGGUCUCGCUGAGCUGGGGGCAGAGGUUCCGCAUCAUCAAGGGCGUCGCGUCGGGGAUGCUGUACCUUCACGAGGACUGGGAUCAGGUUGUCGUGCACAGGGACAUCAAGGCCAGCAACGUGCUGCUGGACGCGGAGAUGAACGGCCGGCUGGGGGACUUCGGGCUGGCGAGGCUGUACGACCACGGCACGGACCCGCACACGACGCACGUGGUGGGCACCAUGGGGUACCUGGCGCCGGAGCUCGGCCACACGGGGAAGGCCUCCAAGGCGUCGGACGUGUUCGCGUUCGGGGCAUUCAUGCUGGAGGUGGCGUGCGGGAGGAAGCCCGUCGUGCAGGACGCGAGCGACAACCACCUGGUGCUGGUGGACUGGGUGCUCGACCAAUGGCGCGCGGGGUCGGUCACCGGCGCCGUGGACCCGCGGCUGGGCGGCGACUUCGUCGAGCACGAGGCGAGCCUGGUGCUGAGGCUGGGCCUGCUGUGCUCGCACCCGCUGCCCGGCGCGCGGCCGACCACGCGGCAGCUCGUGCAGUACCUGGACGGCGACGUGAAGCUGCCGGAGCUGUCGCCGACGUACCAGAGCUUCAACAUGCUCGCGGUCAUGCAGGACCAGGGGUUCGACCCCUACGUCAUGUCGUUCCCGAUGACGUCCAUCACCGCCGGCACCAUGUCUCAGAUGUCUGACCUGUCCGGGGGGAGAUGAGUCGCGGUCUUGUAACUAAACUAGUACUAGCCUGUUCUGGGUGCGUUUUUCUGGGUGUAGCGUGGAUAACCUUAAUGUAACGUGUUGUGCUGUUCACUCGUGAUCAACUACUGGACUCUCCUCAGCUCUAUUAACCACUACAGUGCCACGAGCUCCAAAUGCAAACCAAACGUUAUCUCC